AUGGAUUUUUUGAGGGUAUUUUUGGAUGGUAAUAGCAAGGGAAAGAAAUGGGUGGAGAUUGGUGCUGAAAAAGAUUCAAAUUUUGAGGGUAGUGUUAUUUUGAGGGGCGAGUACUUGGGUUACUUGGUCCAUUUUUGA